UCGUAUUGUUUUUAUCUGCUCCAGUUGUGUGAUGUUGCAUCUGUUUUGCACCUGCCUCCUAUCCUUCUCCUUGCUGAUGGCGUCCUCCCAGGUGAGUGCCAGUGUGACAAACAGCUUCAAAGACUGCAGCCAAUUUUUCUACAUGCAUACCCCACCUGCAGGGGUGAGGGGGACCAGCCUGAGGAGGAUCUGCCAGAAGUAUGCAGACAAGCUGCGCUAUGCCACGUUGUAUGACAGCAGUCGCCGCCUCCCUCUCUACUCGGCCUACAUCUUUCAGAAGUCUGAUGGGAAGAGGAGGAUGGACACACCGUGGAUGUACGAGCCACAGUUGGUUUCUGAUGAUGAGAACGGCAACAUGAGAGCACUUCCCCUUACUGAAGACACCCCCCCUCUUAUUGAGGACAGCCAAGCUGUGUUGGAGGACUACACAGACGCUGUAGAAUACAGACGUGGUCCACUGAAUCCUGACCUGCACCAAUCAGAGCCAGAUGACAAAUCGUCUACAUAUACUCUCACCAAUGUAGUCCCAUUAAUCCCGAACUUCCUGGACACUUCCUGGAACCCAUACUUGGACAUUAUCCGUCGUCGCCUCAACAACUUCUGCCAUGGCAAAUCCUUCGUGGUGACAGGGGUGACCAUUUCUGGGGCAGCCAUCCAGCGAGAAAACAGGGACCGCCUGGCAAUCCCGAAACACUUAUGGCUGGCUUAUUGCUGCCCACGGUUUGACCGUAACUCUCCCUAUGAGGUCAGGUUCAUGUUCCCUAGUUAUGGGGGCUAUGCACUGAAUGGACAGACUGACCAGAGUGUGGUGGAAGUCCCUCUGAAGACACUGGAGAGCUUCCUGAAGAGCAAGACAGACAUAGACAGUGACCUGACAAUUUUUUACAAGGGCUGUGUGUCAGAAAACACCUUCAGGAAGAAGAGAGACCUGACCAGUGUUUCAGUAUGAUGGGACAUCUUGAACUGGAUGUCAUGGAUGAAGCCAUUGAUGAAAUGCAUCUACUGUAUAAACAUGACUCAAAUCUUUGAUUGAAGCAGUUUUAAGUAGUCCUGGUGUCACAUGUUUUGGAAUUAAAUUAUUAUUAAACUACUACUGUUAAAUUGGAAUUACAUUGGAAUUGUAUUAUAAGUAGGAAAAGAGCCAUUUUAUGACAAACACAGCUCUUAAUGUUAACUAAAGGAAAUAAGGUGCACCUGCACAUUAGAGGGCACUGUAGGAAUUUAGUAUCACACUUCAAUAAAGUUGUGGGACUUACAGAGAUAGAAUAUAAAUAGAAUUAUCAAAAAGCUAAAAGUAGCAGAGCCUGAGAUUUCCUGACUUCCACAAUCAAGUAUCUCCCAGGCCCCCAAAACACUAGAUCCUACAUUUCCUAUCAUGCAACUCUAAUUCAUACAAGUCAUAAAACGCAAGAAGUACAACAACAUGUGGAGGAGAAGUGACUCCACAUGUAGGCCAUGUCAGAUUAGCCCCUGGAUUUCAUGGGCCAGAUGUUGAAACAAUUCAAACAAUGUUCCUGAAAUUCUCUACCUCAUUUUGGGUCUAUGUGGCUUACUGCUUCUAAGAAAUGUGUCUAUUACUGUAUAUAUGGCAGUGCUGAACAAAUGAAGCUUCAUUGUGUAAAUAUUUAGCAAACUGAAUUUUUAAAAGAUAUUACUGAGUGAAAAUAAACGUAUAUCUAUGAGUAAUAUGUACACAAAUGAGGUAUAUUGUGUGAAAA